AUGAACUCCCUGCUCGUACGUAUAUAUCCUCACUUGCAGUUUACUGGAUUGCUCCCUUACAGAAAAAAGUGGACCUGUUGCAAGAAGAGUGUACACAGCUACGACAGUUUUCCCUGGAGGCCCAGCGAACUGCGACCCAGAAGCCAUCAGUGUACGACGAGAGUGUAAGCUUGCUGGCUAGUCGCCUCUGUUUUAUUUUUAUAAGAGAGUACAACUAUGUAACUUAAAAGACCUUCAGUCUCUGGACCUCCUUAGCUUUUGUGAAGUGCACGAAGAAAAUUUAAAUUAUGCCUAUUUUCAGAGUGCGGAUUCUUGGUAUAGGUACAGUGAGUGACCUAUCUCAUGAAAUGUUGACUGAAAUUCUGAAACGUGUUUUCGAUUAGGAAGAAUUACUUAGGCGCGGUUGUAAUACUAAUUAUCUUAUGGCAUAAUCGUAUAUUAUUUCGGACUCGGCAGGAUGUCGGCUUUUAAAUACACUGCUUUUUAAUCUCCUGUAAAAAACGUACUCGGUAAAACAUUAUUACUUAAUUAGCAUGCAUUUUUCUCAUUGAUUUUCGAUGGUCUUGCAAAUUCAAACAUAUCUUAGAGAAACCAUAAAAAAUACGUUUUCUUUCAGUCAAUUAAUAGACAAUCACGUCUUCUUUAUAUUUUUUUAUUCAAGGAAGGAGUAUAAUCAGGUUUUAAAAAAGUUUCUAAUUAUAAGAUUUUCUAAGACCGCGCAAUGUCCAUUCACAUAGUAUCGCACCUGGCCGUUUAUGACAGCUCCUCGUGAAAUGUACAACAUAGUCCGGAUCCAUUGCAAAAUUUUGUAAACUCUAUAUGGUAUCUUCCUAAAGGCAUAGAGGAAUAUGUGAUUUUCCUUACGUAGAAAGCAUACACCUUGUAAACUGAAAUGGCAAAUCUGGCUCAACAUUAUUCGGGAAUUGGAAAACUUUUUUGAAACCUAAUUAUACUCCUUCCUUAAGUAUAAAAUAUAAAGAAGACGUAAUGUUCUAUUGAUUGACUAAAAGAAAGCGUAUUUUUGUUCAUGGUUUCUAUAAAAUAUAUUAGAAUAUCCAAGACCAUCGAAAAUCAAUGGGAAAAAUGCGUGCUAUUUAAGUAGUCAUUUUUUACCGAGCACGCUUUCUACAGGAGAUUGGAAGAAAGUGCAUUUAAAAGCCAACAUCCUGCCAAGUCCGAAAUGUUAUAUGAGCAUGCCGCAAGAUAAUUAGUAUUACAACCACGCCUAAGUAAUCCUUCCUAAUCGAAAACACGUUUCAGAAUUUCAGUCAACAUUUCAUGAGAUAGGUCACUCACUGUAAUUUCUCUUGAAACCAUUAUUUGGCGAAUCAAUUAAUUGCAUUAUGCGCAUCCGAAAGGUUAUUUGUUAAUUAAAAUCCAAUACAAAAUUGGGUUCGCUCUUUGCUUCCUUUGCGAGUUUUCCUAUUUUAUCCUAAUCAAACCUACAGUGCCCCAUACUGAGAAAUCGAUGAUUUUCUAAUUAAUUUCUAUGCAAACCAGUGUCUACACGCUGAUUUCUAGUAUAGAAAUAGUUUAUUUAUUCGCUAUAGCUGAAACAAUUCUCAUUUAGCGAUUUAGAAGACGGCAGCUGGAGAAACGAUCGUUUUCAGCAAAUCCCCGUCGGGACUUUAGGAUUGCGUACAUAUUUAAUGCAUUCAGGAUGAGCCAUCACCUAGGGUUUCAAACCGCAUGCAGUCUCUUCCUUUGCCUUUUUCUCCCUGCAACCCCGAAGCCUACGGAUUCCACCAAAUAAAAGUACCUAUUUCUUCUUCUUGUUCUUUUUUCUUCCUAUUUACCCGAGUCGAAUUGACCCGUCUGGUAGCCCACCACAUUUAACACCCAUACACGUUCAAUUGCAAUUUCUUUCCAAAAUUCUUCCAGCUCUGUGUGCAAGCUUCAUGCCAAGCUGGUUCACAUGCGGUCAUACGCCGUAAGGAAUUUCAUUACGUGUGCAAUUUUACGGGCUUAAAGGCGAUUCACCAAAGACGAUCGUUUACCUAUCUUUCUUGUUUUCCUGUUCUUUGAGGGCACUGUGGAGUUCUAGAAAAAGUAAUUACUUUAUAACCACUUUUAACAAACCGCUGGAAAAGAAAUAAAAAUGAGUCCGGACCGAACCAUUUUAUGAUGCGACAGCUUUGUCAGAGCUUUACAGUACGGCAGUUAUAGAAAAGGAAGUUCAAACACUUUAAUUCUGAAUAGGUGGUGCAUGCAGUUUUCUCUUCUACUAAUGUUUUGCAUAUGGUCCUAAAGUUUGUUGGGUGCUCAACCUCGAACACUUCCGUUUAGCUAACUCUGUAACAGUGAACACUGCCAAUCAAUUUCCACAGCAUUACGGUCAUUUCUUAUUAGGCCGGACUAUGGCUUACCGGUGGCCACAUUUCGAAAUUCCACGCUGGUACGGCUAAUGGAAUGCUCCUCCCGCGGUUGUUCUGCCAUGCUGCGGCACAGAACGUCAAAUUUGGCUUCUGAAAAAGUAAUCCCUAACCGCUAUCCUAACUUCUUUUAGAUUCAAUUUCCGCAAGAUAUUGGUGAAUUAGAAAACUCGAUUCUACAACAUCUUCAGCCGGAUAAGUCUUCUGAUCAUUCAAGCUUGAAUCGUUCAUUCUGUUCCGCUCACGGUGGUGCAUGCUCAGCGC